AGGGGUAGCAUUGCUACAUCACAAGAGGGGGGAUAUUUCCCUCACCCACCCAGGCAAUCAAAUAGCCGGCCCUUCACUUGAAUACAAGCCACCCAAGGUGAGGACAGCACAGAGGUCUUUCUCCCUAAGAACUGAGCGUGAGAACAGGAGAGUUGGAGGCAAAUGGCUGCUGUCCAGGGCGAGAAGAAGGCGGCCCAGCCUCAGAAGAAGCAGAAGUUGGCGUCUAAGAAGAUCCAUCCUAAACAGAAGAAGCUGCAGCUCAAGCAAGAGAAGCAGAAGCAGAAGAAAGCGGGAGCGAGGCUGGCGCACAAAGGGAAGGGCCCAGGAGCUUCUUCUAAGAUGGCCCGGCAGCUUCAGCAAAAAAAGGCACCUUUGGCAAUGAAGGGCAAUGGGAAAGCAGCCCCCUCUGACAGGAACGCUAGCAGCCAUGUGCUCAACCAAGACAAGGGUGUCAAGCUGGGGAGAAACAUCUGCGCCUUCAGCUGCAAGGACCUUCUGUACGAAGUGAACGAGCUCAUGCGCAAGGAGCUGACGAGGCGCAUGUUUGCCAACAAGCGCCGUGUCUCUCAUUAACGAAACAGUGGCUCCCUUACUCCCCUGGCUGGCCCAAGUCAUCUCUGUAGGGGAGGAGGAGGAGGAGGAAGAGAAGAGGCCAGCUUAAAAAGCAAAAGCAAAAAAAAGCAAAACAGAAACAAAAACAGCAGCUUUCAUAUGAAAAAAGACCUGGCUUUCUCAUCUAAGGCAGGACCAAAGAGCCCUCAUUCUCUCUAAAGUAAUGACUUUAUGCCGCAGCUGUGUUCCACGUCGCCACGAUGACCUUCCCAACUGUAUGAGAAGAACCAAACAUCUGCUGAGAAUAAGCCUUGAGGAGGAAACUCGGUUAACACAAAAGGCCUCUCCUUUCAUUAAAAAGAAAGAGAUCCCCUUGCUUCGAAGACCGUUGGAUUUCCCACACUGCACGUGCAAGUUUUUUUUUUCUUUCAGGGAAAGAAAAAGCAGCUAGCUAAUAGCAUAAUAAUAAAACGGGAUUUU